UGUAUUCCAGGGCUGCCAACACACACGCACUGGCCGUGAGACUCACACAUUUGAGCAUAUUCUCACGCUCACACGCAUUGGUAAAAAAGUGUCACGCAAUUUUUGGGGUCAGUUUCUAACACUCUUCUUGGAAGACACUGUAACUGAAUGGCUGCACGUGUAAUGUUUUUAUUUAUUACUGCUGAAAAGUCAGAGUGUCGCACUUCAUCUGCCGGAAUGAACCACCUUGCUAACCAGUCAGGGGUUCGCGGGAAGAAUUGUAACAGUCCAUCACAAGUCCUCCGCGAGCUUAAGCAGCGGCGAGCGGGAAAUGCGACAGAGACAGCAGUGAGAGGUGCAGAUACAAACCCCGGUACAGCUUGAGAGAUGAGUAAAUCAAACAAGCCAAACCAUGCAAAGGGCUCUAGAAGACAGCAACAACCCAAAGUGUGUCCACCAGGAUCAAAGCGAAAAGUACCAGAGAGCCAAAAACUGACAGCCUUCUUUGGCCUAGGAAGGCUUGACACACCACUGUCACCAGAACCUGGUCAUGCUGAUGUACCUGCUGAAAAGGCAGCCAGGAUAGAGUGUGUAGGGGAAGAUUCAGCUGAUGGGACAGAACCAGAUGACUCUACAAAAAAGUCUGUGCCAGCCAAGAAGUCAAAUUCUUCUGGAAAAUCAAGAACCAAAUGUGGGGCAGCCACUUAUAAAUCCAAAUUCCAGCCCGGGUGGACAACAGAAUGGCCCUUUAUUAAGAAGGGACUCACGCAGCAUCAUUUUUGGUGUGAGAUUUGCAGAACUGAGAAUGCUUGUUACCAUAUGGGCCAUGCAGAUGUGGAGCGUCACAUAGAGAGCGAGUCACACCAGAGGAAGGUCAAGGCAGUGGAGCAAUCGCAGCAAAUUACCAAAUUUACAGUGAACACAGCUCCAAAGGUGGAUAACAUGACACAACUUGAGGCGAAGGCACGACGAGCUGAGAUCAAAGUUGCUGUGACGAUGGUAAAUCACAAUGUCCCCCUUGCAGUUGCUGACCACUUCAGCCCACUGAUGAAAGAGUGUUUUAAGGAUUCAGAUGUGGCACAGAGAUAUGGUGCUGCAAGGACCAAGACUACUUGUAUUAUCAACAGGGCGAUAGCACCAUACCUUCAUGAUGAGCUGGUCAAAAAGAUGAGAAACAGGCCAUACACCUUGUCAACUGAUGGAUCAAAUGAUACAGGAAGGGAAAAGAUGAACCCAUUGACUGUGAAGCUGUUUGAUGUAGACAGGGUGGAACACAUGUUCCUAGAUAUGUGCAUCACAACUGGCACUAAUGCUGCCACAGCAGAGACCAUUUUUGAAAAAAUGGACAGUGUCCUCAAGAAGGAUAACAUCCCAUGGCAAAACUGUGUAGGUCUGUCAGUGGACAAUGCCAAUGUGAACAUGGGUGUCUGUAACUCUAUCAAAUCAAGGAUAUUAAGCAUAAAUCCGACUGUUUAUGUCCAUGGUUGUCCUUGCCACAUAGUUCACAACAAUGCCAGUGCUGCUGGGACUCAUUAUAUUGAGUUGUCAGACUUUGAUGUGGAGGAUGUGGUUGUAGAUAUUGGAUACUGGUUCAAAGCAAGCACAAAGAGAAAAUGUAGACUGGAUGAAUUCUGUGUGUUUUGUGAUACUGAGUACAUGGCUGUCAUAGACCAUGUUUCCACACGGUGGCUGAGUCUGGAGACGGCAGUAGUCCGCAUUCUACAGCUGUAUCGAGCACUUGUCAGCUACUUCAAGUCUAACAUUGAGAAACAAGCCCGCUUUAAGAGGCUUAGGAAGCAUUUUGAGGAUCCAAUGACAGAGGUACACCUCUUAUUCUACCAGGCCACACUGCCUGUCUUCACAGAGUUUAAUUUACUCUUUCAGCGCCAAGAGCCAUCUGUGUAUCUUCUCCAUGGACAGAUGAGGUCUUAUGUUAAGAAACUCAUGUCCAAGUUUGUUACCACAACUGCAAUAAAAAAUGCUGAUGUGUGUGAAGUUGAGUAUAAAGACAAACAGAACCAGGUGGCAGAUCACAAGCUUAAUGUUGGCUGGACAACAAGAACAACCCUCAACCGUCUGCAUGAAGCUGGUGAGAUCAGUCAGUACCAGGUAGACAACUUCCACAAGGCUGUGAGGGCAUUCUUUGUUGCAGCUGUUGACUAUGCCUUUAAGAAGCUGCCCUUCAAGGAGCCAGUCCUUGAACAUUCACAAUUCAUUGACUUUCAACAGAAGAUGGACUGUGAUGUGAAUGAUGCCCUAUACUUUGUGUACAGGUUUAGUCAUCUGCUUCCAUAUGGAGAUCCCAAAGAACAGGACAAGUUGAGUGAGGAGUUCCUGGACUAUCAACUUAUGGAGGAAAAGGACAUUCCCAGAAGCAUUUGGGAGCAGGCGGUGAGCAGAGUCAGUGAGCAGGAGGUGUACCACAGGAUGGAUAAAGUGUGGGCACACAUGGCCACAAUCAAGAGUCCAGUAACAGGAAUGCCUAAGCUACCCAUGCUGAGCAAGGUGGCACAACUAAUUCUAACCCUGCCACACUCUAAUGCUGAUGCAGAAAGAGUUUUUUCAAUGAUUGGACUAAACAAGACUGACACACGGAAUGCUCUGGCCUUGGAAGGCACACUGUCUUCUAUAAUGACAAUAAAGAUGUCCGGUAUGGAGCCCAACUGCUUCAAGUAUGAGCCCCCAGCAGAAGUAAUCAAGGCCUCCAAGUCAGCUGCUUCCAGUUACAACCGUGAACAUGCAGCAGCUUCAAAUGCUGGCUCAGAAUGCACCUAAGGUAAUGAUUUUCCAUCUUUUAAAAAAAAAUGUCUAUUUGUUUUGCAACUAAGUCACUCACAGCACUUCACCGCGCGCUAAAAUUGUACUUGUUCAAAAGUCUCACUCAAACAGUUUCCUAAAAGUUGGCAGCCCUGGUAUUCGCACUGCCCCAGUGAAAGCUGUUGAUGCCCCUUCGAUUUGCUUAUUGAGGGAACAUUAUUCUACUCCUAAACUCGUCUUCGAAAAGAAGAAAAACAAACAACAACAAAUGACCGAUGCCUUCAACUUGCGACAUUCUUCUGUCGGUUU